UGGCAACAUUUGAUGUUGAAUCUAAUUGUUUAAAUGCAUGCUAUUUUAUUGUCGUUAAAAAGAUACAUUCGACGAUUGGCAUUUAUUGAAACAUAAGACCGAACAACUGAAAAUGUAUACCAAAAUUAGCGAUGAUUAUCAUCAAUAUUUAGAUAAUGUAUUACCAAUAUUAGAUGAAUUUAUUAAAACGUAUCAGGGACACGUAAAUUCUGGCUUUUGGGAUCGUGUAAUGAAUUUAAAAGAUGAUCAAUUAGGUUCCGGCAGUACAAAGUACAUUAGUGGAUGGAUAUUUAAAAUUAUUCUAUGUAUUGAUCUCAAUUCCAAUCAAAUUAAGCUCGGUGAUAUUAAUUUAAAUAAUAAAAAAGUAUCAGUUGAAGUUGAAAAUCAUUGUAUCAGGCAAAAGAAAACAUGCUACAUCGUUAGUGGAUUUCAUGGUGUUCAUAGCGAAAACCAUAAACAUAAACCUGUUAUGAAUUUGACCGUGAUUGAAGAUUUAUCAACGGUAAUGAGUCUUGGUGGUGCUUAA